GCAUUCUUAUGUCGCGUUUAUUCAUCUCCCCCUUAAUACCACACCCCAAGCUGCCCUUUACCUUAACCUCUCCCAACAUCUACACCUGAAUUGAGGACGAAAAAAGCGGCUUUUUAGGCAGUUUCUGCAAAGAAUCGUGCAUUUUGGCAUAAAAAUUAGAUUUUUGCAUAUUAAGUUUCCCCAGGAACGGUUUCCUUGGUCUUUUGUCGCUGUUUAUCGCCUGGCUUGCCGACAACCGUAAACCUUGUAUCCACAGGCGCUCCAAUCUAUAAAAACGCGUGCAUUGGUUCCUAAACAGUUAUUUUAAACAGUUUAGUGCUCACCAAACGCGGUGUUUGUGUAAUUCACUCGACCAUCACAUAACGACAAUUGCUAUAGUGGGCGUGGUGCUCUCGUUUAAUUGCGGACAACCCCCCGACUGUGUGCCUGUCUUCCCCACUGUGCCACCUUCUCCCGACCCCAGCAGUUGGUGCCGUUGCCCUUCCCUACGGAGUUUUUUAACGUGUUUUGCAUAGCAUAGCCUUCUCACGUCUUACGCCGUAAAGAUUCCAGUCUACGAAGAAGCGGACCUUCGUUUCUUGCUCCCAGUCUUGCGUGUUCAUCGUUGUUGCUACGGCUGCCCCUUGUAUGUUUAUCUCAGCUGUUGUCUGUCUGGCCUUUUUAACUAAAGUUCCCGUGCGUUAACAGCUUUUCUGCACAUUCUCCGUAACUGAGCGUCCUGCUCGUCUCAUUUCCUGUGCAUACAUUCUUUUCAUUCCUCCCUCUUUCAACGUUUUUCUCUCUCUGUCUCUCCCGUAUAUCGCUGCUGAGCACCGGCGCUUGUUUACUCCUACUGAAACAAAUUGAUCGCCAUACCGUACGAAACAUUGUCAAGCGUUACCUGCACUGGCUGCGAUACACUCUUUCAUCGGCCACUGUCCUUUUCUGAAACCUCACAUUAAGAUCGCAUUGUACGACACUUGUCACGAAACAGCUCUUCAGCACCAUGUUUUCUCAAUCGUCGCCCGAGUUUGUUGGUGACGAAGACUUGUUCACAAAUCCUUUACUACAAGAACUUGGUUACAGCAAUGUUCCCACAUCUGGUCAUGUGGGAGCGGGUUUUGACGGGCUUUCCAGCUCUGUUGCUCUGAACCAUUCGUCUCCCUCCAACGUUGCCAAUUCCACUCAGCAUUUGAACGCUGCUCCGUCGAGGUCGCCUCCUAUUCCCUCUCUGACUUUCACAUCGCUUGAGGGCGCAGCCUCUUCCGAUCCGCACCUAUCAACGGAGGAUUUUUCCGCUCUUGGCACUAGCGUGCCCGAUUUGAGUAUUGCUGCUGCAACUUCGACAUUUCCGUCUACAAUGGCCGACUCGGCUUGUGGUUUGUCGCUUUCGGAGGUUGCAAUGAAAAACCAGGCAAACUCUCAAUCUCCUCACCAGUCCGUUUCCCUCUCUGUCCCUAUGCAGCACAAGCACGGCUCACUCGACAACGUCGCACACAACAUGCUUUCACCAAGCAGUUGUGUUUCAGGUGAUGAGCUAGCCUUUUUCACGCCGGCUUCUUCACCCUCGAACUCGCUUUUGCUCUCUCCUGCGAUUUCUCCUCGCGGUUCUUUUAGCUCUGCGUCACGGGCUCCCAAUCCCGCGAUCGCCCCGAACGGUGAUCGUGACAAUGGUACAUUUUAUGUAGAUGUCAAAAGGCUUUCGAAUACAAAUGUCGAAGGCGCACCACAAAACAGCGCCUCUCUUCUUGGAGACGUGAGCCACGAACAACGCCCUUUGUUCAACGACGCUGCCGGUCUACAGUUUGGGGGUGUCCCGAGUUCGAGUUUACCUCUUCGUUCUGCUGCAUCGUUCAGCCACAACGGUUCGGCCGACUUGUCCGCUAUAUGCCAUACUCCACGCAGUGGCUCCGCACCCGAGCUCCAGCUCGACGAUGUCUUCACGAACGUGCUGAGUCCUUCAUACACGAAUGGCGGAGGAGAGCAGUCGGCACCUGGUUCAACGGAGGAUUUGCGAAUGAAUGGUUCUUACCUAUCGACGCACUCAGCUUUCGAGACACGGGAUCACGAGUCUGCACAAUAUGCUUACUCCCAAACUCCAGAGAGUGAGCUGGCUUACCCUCCACCAUGGAGUCCCUUCAUCAAUGGUCCUAUGUGUUCGCCGUCCGUCUCAUCUACGAGUCUCCAUUCUCCGUUGGCGACAAACAUGCCCAACUUGAGUUAUGAUUCCAUUAACCCUCCUGGUUACGCGUCCUCUCAUCAACAGACGCCUACCCCACCGCGCAUCAAGAUCGUCCCCUCUUCACCAUCGAGGUUUGGUAAGAAGGGCAUAGAUGCGCCCUACGCAACUUCUGAGGAGACCUCUCCACAGAUUCAGGAUUAUCUGUUGCGUCGAAACUCUGCUUCUUAUUGUUCAAACUAUGAAGUGAACGCCUUUAGUGGCGGACCUUAUCUUGGCGCGGGAAUGUACAACGACUCCAUCCAGCCUGCUCUGCUUCCCAACGGCGGAGCUGUUCCUGUGGGGUCCGUUGACGUUCGGGGGCUCAUGCGUAACGUGCCUACCGUUUCACCUGCUUCGCUUCCUCAGAAUCUCCCUGCCACGAUUCCAAGCAAUGUCUCAUUUCCUAGCAGUGAUAUUUCCAAUUUAAACAAUUACUCUGUGCCCGCUUCUCGUACAAUCCCUACCACCGUUCUUCAAGUGAACAAUGGUACAAAUGCUGCGAAUGGCAACUCAAAGUCCUUGUUGCCUCCACUUUCUGCGUCACAAACGCUGGAUCACCACGCUACAGAGUCCGCCAAUGGGAAGAAUAGCAAACCUUUAAGUGGAUAUGUCUGUCAAAUCCCUGGCUGUGGAAAGCGCUUCACUCGUGCAUACAACUUAAAGAGUCAUCAAAACACUCAUACCAACAAUCGUCCUUACCAGUGCUCGGUUUGCAAGAAGGCAUUCGCUCGGCAACACGACAAGCGUCGCCAUGAGCAGCUACAUACGGGCAUUAAGGCAUUUGCUUGUGUCACCUGCAACCAAAAAUUUGCUCGUAUGGAUGCUUUGAAUCGACAUUAUCGUAGUGAGACCGGUAAGAAUUGUCUGAAAGUUGCUGCCGAGAAAGAACGGCUACAAAGCAUUGCUGCUGCAACCGCCGCGAAUGCCAUGAAUGCUUAAGAGGUAGGGGCGUUCCAUGUCUUUUUCACAAGUUUUUAUUGUUCUUUUUGUUUCAUCAUAUUGAAACCAACCUCACCAACAGAUGCUGUUGGUAUUUCGCUCGUUUUUUAAACUUUCAUUGGAUUGCACUUUUUUUUUGGAAGAAACACACUUUGUCUAUCGUUUAUGGUUCGGAAAAUUAUUCCAACAGUUGUUUUAGCUCCCAAUUAACGGCCGCAUGCUUUAUUAUUUUAUUUUUCUUAUUUAUAUUUCUGAUGCAACGAAACUUUCAAAUACAUACGAAAUGUUUAGUACGUGCGCUGGCUCACGGACUCUGGUAAAGUGGAAACGGGAUUGUCGCUAUGCCGCGGGCGGUUGGCGACGGUUCUGCUGGACUUGCUUGUGCAUUUCGUUUCUGGUUUCGCAUGUUCUUUUGGUGUUUCGCGGACUCCGAUUUCGAGCUGAUGGAGCUGGCUGUUGAUGAUUAGUUUGUUUAAGUGCUGUCCAUUCCUUAUUAGUAGCAUGUUUUAUUGUCGUAGCUGUAAAAUGUUUCCUAGUAAUGAGUUUGUGCGUCUACCG